CGUGAUCUGGCGCAUAGAAAGAGAAACCGUCUGUAGAGAGUCGACGCAGACACACAAUAGCUACUACGAAAUCGACUUUAUUUAAAAUGUCUAAAGACAUGAAAAAAUUUACUCCAUUCGACAAAGGCAUCAAGUUAGUGUCAAGACCAAACGAUCUCGAUGAAUAUGAUGAUGACCCGGGUGUUUUAAGGGCUCAGCUGUCUUGCGGUCAUGUCAUAGAUCCAGAAACACUGACUGACUGUUGCAGAGCUCAGCUGAAUGAUGGACAGACUGAAUUCAGAUGUCCGCUGUGCAAGAGAAAAUGGCCAUAUGAUGAAGUGAGAAAACUGGCAAAACUUACAAUUGAUGAGCAGCUGAGUUUUGAAGAAAAGCUUGGGACCAACACUGCUAAGAAGAUAGUCGACUUCAGGGAUUGUCCUGGUUGCGGCACCUUCAUCGAAAGGUCGGAUGAAUCUAAUCUGUGUGUGGAGUGCUCAGUGUGCACAGCAAAAACUGGACGCAUCUUUGAGUUCUGCUGGAAGUGUGAGAGAGUGUGGAAAGGUCCUCGACCUCGUGCUGAUCAGUGUGGAAAUGUGGGAUGUAGAAGCGCUGAUCAGGAACUGCUGAGUGACUGUCCAAUGAUCACUUUAUCAUCAGUUGUAUAUAAGGGGACAAAUGUUCGUGUCCAGUGUCCAGCGAUUCGUGCAUGUCCAUUUUGUGGUGUGUUAAUAGAACAUAAUACAGGAUGUAAAAUAAUGUCAUGUCGUGAAUGUAAGAAGCAGUUUUGCUUUGCUUGUUUAAAAUCUGCCCGCGAGUGCUUACAAACAUCAACACAUUUCAUUUCAUGCUCAGCUGGUGUUGCACAGAGGCAAACAAAUUCUGUACUUUAAGAACAUGUCCAGCAACGUUGAUAUCAACUACCAUGGUGACUGCCAUAAGACUUACACAGAUUUCUCUUAAAUAAUAGUAGAAAAAAACAUAACACGUCAUAUACAAUGUUAAAUGUAAAUUAUAAACUAGAGAGUAGGGGAAAUGCAGAAAUUGUUUAUGACUAGUUAUGUUUUUGUGCAAGUGUUUUCCUUCAGUGUGUGUGUGUGUGUGUGUGUGUGUGUGUGUGUGUGUCCACUAAUUUGGAUGGAUUAAAUGCAGAGGACAAAUUCUGAGUAUGGGUUACUAAUACUUGGACUUCACAUCACUGAAAUUAAUUAAUUCAUUUUAGAAACCAAUUAUUGAUUACAUAUCAUACAUUGUUUUUGUGUAUUUUAAUAAUUUAGCAAAUAAAAGUGUAAAAUAUCACA